CACGACAUCAUCGACGACCAGAGACAUGGACGCCUCGAGACCUCUUUCGGCGCUUACGACGCUGUAUCGCCGAGCGCCCGCGACAUGCGCGACGCUCUUUUCGCUCGCCGUGAGCUACCUCAUGACCGUGGCACGGCAAGACUAUCUGCUCUGGCGCUCCCUGGGUCCUGGUGGCUUUCUGCCAAGCUCCUUCAUGGGCUGGCUUGCCCAUACGCUCAUGCGGCCCCUCGCCAUGCCGACGGCCUCGGCAUCUGAUCCAGACUACCUCCCUCCGGACGACACUGCGUUCAAAGGACCACUGGCGGAUCUGCCGAAGCGCAAAGGGAAGAGGCCAUCGACCUUCGGUCUCGUGCCCCACCGCCAGAUCGAGGGCGAGCAGAACGAAGCUUUGACAGCGGACAUUGUCAAGCAUCUCGAGUCGCUGAGUCACCGGCAGAAUUUCACGCUGGCCCUCUCCUCGCUCGAGGCUUCCUCCUCUCCAGCCCUCUUUGUCACUGAGGACGGCACAGCGGCGGCGAAGGCUUCGCUCAGCCGACUCUACCUCUCUGGCCUGCCGGGACCUCGCCGGACGAUUGAUGGGAGGCCGAUUGUCGAGGGUUCUGCGGACAAGCACGAGUUCUGCCACGUUCACCACCACGAUGGCUCGCUGCACAUUGUCCUCUCGCCGCAAGAUGCCCGCGUCGCCGUCAAACAAGGCUGGGCAGAGCUUCACCGAUUGGCUGGCCUGCUGUAUAGGGGUCACUGGUUCCCACCCCAAUUCUUGCCAAAGAUGCUUCUGGCGCCCUUUGGCGGACCUAGUGCCGCUCGGUGGUCCUACCUCGCUGCGGCAAACGGGGAGCAGAAACAGAAGAUGCUGCCGCCCACCUACCUCAUAGUGUAUGCGCCCAGAGACAAGGACGAGACGGAGCAAGUCAAGCGCAUCAUCGAUGCCAGCGUUGCCUGGGCCACUGGACGGUAGGCCUUCUGGCUCUCCUCACUCUCUAUUGUCCCCUCAUGAUACCCCCUCUGGCAUGCCGGAAGACAAGCGUGUGCUGGUAAUGAUAAAUUGCAUUCAUAGUCCCCCAGCUCUC